GUCCAGUACGACGCGUGCUCCCAAUGGUACCACGCGUCAUGCGUGUGCUAUUCUGGUGCGGACGAAUUUCUGUGCUUCUCCUGCACGUCAUAGUGUUACCGUAAGGCGCUUGAUCGCGGUUGGAUGGUACACGCCUCAGCAUGCUGUGCUUACUUUUCCCCUUGAUAUGAACACCUUUGAAUUUCAAUGGAACAACGCGCCGAGAGAUCUGCAGCACGGAGGAAACAUUGUGCAACGCCACCGUAAUUCGGUUGUCAUUUAUGCAGCGGAAAUCAAUGACAGUGCAUGUGUUCCUACGUACCGGACCUCAAAUUUCUUGGAAGCAUCCUCACAGUUAUUCGUUCUCUUGCUUCAUGGUUUUCGUUUAUCACCGGAACGCGUAUACACGGAGAAAUGUUUUUCUAGUACGCGCUGUCAUAGGUCAUCGCAGUUAAACCAACAUGUAACGCCGAUAGUAUGCUCAUACAAGUGGGACACGGAGGCACCUCGGGCGCUUCGCCACCGCCACGUGAAACUGCAAUGACAGCUUUUCACAGGUAACAAAUCCGAUCUAUGUGCAAUGGUGUUUUACAAUGAAGCCG